UUCAGCAUGACGAUAGCCAGCAUCGACCAGAUCUCAGAAGUCAACAUGGACUACACGAUCACGAUUUUCCUGCGGCAAUACUGGCAGGACCAGCGGCUGGCGUUCUCCGGGACUAACAAGUCCCUGAGCCUGGACGGGCGGCUGGCGGAUAACCUCUGGGUCCCGGAUACCUUCAUACCUAACGCCAAGGAGUCGUUCCUGCACAAGGUUACCGUGGAUAACAGGCUGAUACGGCUGUAUCCGGACGGUAGGAUCAUAUACGGGCUAAGGAUCACGGCGAAGGCAGAGUGCGACAUGGACCUGCGGAAGUACCCCAUGGACGAACAGAACUGCACCCUGGAGUUCGAGAGUUACGGGUAUAACUUCCACGACAUGGUGUACCUGUGGCGGCGGGGCAAGUCAUCCAUCUCCGGUCUCACCACGCUCAAGCUGCAGCAGUUCAACGUCGGGAGCUUCAACGUACACAGCUCCUUCGCGCGAUACGAAACAGGGGAUUUCCCGAAGAUCGUGUUUAGUUUCGAGAUCCAGCGUCAGGCGUUUUACUUCAUCCUACAGACGUACAUCCCGUCCAUCCUGCUGGUGGUCCUCUCAUGGGUCUCCUUCUGGAUCAACCCGGAUGCAGUACCGGCGAGAGUCGCACUGGGCAUCACCACGGUGCUGACCAUGACCACGCUGAUCACAGGCGCGCGCCAGGCGCUGCCCAAGAUCUCCUACAUCAAGGCCAUCGACGUGUACCUGGUCAUCUGCUUCCUCUUCUCCUUCGCGGCGCUGCUGGAGUACGCUGUCGUAAACUUCCAGUCGUCACGAAUUGCGGCAGCGAUCAAGAGGGAAAAGGAGAAGGACAAGGACGGACUGCAGGAAAUCAAAGUCGAUAAGAUGGGUAAGACCUGGGACUCCGGGUGCAACCCCUCUGAGCUCGAGCCGCUCGGCAACGGCGGAGGCAACCUGCAACCUCUCACCGUCUGCAACCAAGUCAGCACCAACAGCAACAAGGCCGCCGAGCUCGGGGACGUUCGGAUCAACUCGCUAAACAUCGACGACUGUCGGGAAAAGUCGGGAGAAGUCGCCGAUGACGACAUGAAGAAGUCGACGAGCAUCGGAGAUCAGAUCGCCGUGGUCGUGCGUCGGCUGAGUGACGUCACGCGCAUGGUUCAGGUCAGCACCAUCGACAACUGCGCCAGAUUCGCGUUCCCCGCCAUGUUCGCCGUCUUUAACAUCGUCUACUUCAUGUACUACUGUAUGUGAGGGUACCAUAUGUUCCGGGAACGUGGUCAUGUACUACUGUAUGUAAGUUCCGGGAAUGUGGUCAGUUAAACCUCCUUGGUUCCAGGAACGUGGUCUACUUCAUGUACUACUGCAUGUGAGGUUCCGGGAAAGUGGUGUACUCCAUGUACAUGUACUACUCCAUGU